AUGAAUGCUGAUCCGUGGUCACGUCCGAACUUCCAACUAUGGAGUGUAAGCGCCGAACCACCAAGAAUCAAACCGGUUGUAGAAUACGGGAAGGCAAACGAGAAGAGAUUCACCAUUCGCGUUGUUCAUGGUGGGUUCUUUACAGACUACCCAGGUAAGGCGUAUCAACAGACAAAGGUUCACUUUAUUUCUCAUGUCAACAUCGAUUUAAUGAACAUUGAGAUGCUUGGUCGUUUUUCUAAAAGCCUUGGGUAUACAAGUUUGGGGAACUGGUAUUAUAUGCCAACCGAAGAAAACAGUGGGUUGUCAAUGAUUGCAAUUCUAAAUGAUGAAUGUUUGGGACCCUUCAAGACGAUAGUUAGGGCACACAAAUUCAGAGAGAUUGAACAUCUCUAUGUUGAACACAGGACUGUGUUUGUUCCAAUCAAUUUCCCACACGUUUUGAUGAACUCACCAUCCAAACGUGUUGAGAAGCUUAUUCACAUGUUUGUCACAGAACAUCCAAUGGCAACGGUUGAUGAUGGAAUAACAUACAUCAACCAUAUGCUAAACAUCACCAUUCCAAGACAAAAAAUGGAGGAUGCUAUGGACAUGGCCAAAGAGAAUGUCAUAGCAUGGAAAAACAUAUUGUAG